AUGGAGUGGAGGCUCUACUAUUUCGACCUAUUACUGGUUCCUUCUUCCUUGCUGAUCUCCAUAGCCUACCACAUCUGGCUCUGGCGCAAGGUCCAGUCGGAACCAGACCGUACCAUCAUCGGCCUCAACUCCACAAUCUCUCGUCGCUGGGUCAUCACUAUGAUGAAGGCAAGAAAUUAUAACAAAACGUCCAAUCCUUCACAUCUUGUUCUAUCAUGAUGACAGCGAUGCUCCUCUUGUGGCAGGACAACGAUAAGAAGAAUGUCCUGGCUGUGCAGACCAUCCGAAACUUCAUAAUGGCGGUGACCCUCAUGGCCACCACGACCAUGCUCCUCUGCUGCGGCCUCGCCGCCGUCAUUAGCAGCACGUACAGCAUCAAGAAGCCGCUAAGUAACGCCAUCUACGGCGCCGACGGGGAGUUCAUGCUGGGCGUGAAGUACGUCAUCCUGCUGCUCAUCUUCCUCUUCGCCUUCCUCUGUUACUCCCUCUCCGUCAGGUUCAUCAACCAGGCAAACUUCCUGGUCAACGUCCCCCUCGGCCAGUCUGCCGGCAACGCGUCCUCCCCCGUCACGCCAGAGUACGUUUGGCAGCUGCUGGGGAAGGGCUUCCUCCUCAACGUCGCCGGCAACCGGCUCUUCUACACGGCCCUCCCUCUUCUUCUCUGGAUAUUUGGACCCAUGCUGGCGUUCCUCUGUUCAGCGACCAUGAUCCCCGUACUGUACAACUACGAUUUCAUCGCCCACGAGGACGAGAAGGUUGACCGCGGUCUCAAGGUAUAG